AUGUCUGGCAGUAAAUCCGCCUACGAGAACCGCGCUUCGGAUACUGACUUUCGUCGCACCUGGAACCGAGAAGAGUACGCCGCGAAGUCAAAGAAAGAAGCCGAAGAGAGAAAAGAGGACGCACAGGCCCGAUAUGAGGCAAAGCUUCAGGGCAAGAAGUGGCACAAGCAUGUCGACACCUCCGCCCUGGACGAUACAUCUGCUCGUAAUUCACGCCUCGAUGUCUCGAGUCUGGUCGGCAAAUCCACUCUGGUCCCUGCAGGCGCUGGAGUCGGUAAAAGAGGCAAAGGUGCGGGCUUCUACUGCGAGGCCUGUGACCUCACAUACAAGGACAAUGUUCAAUACAUCGAGCACUUGAACUCGAAGCAGCAUUUGAUCAAUACUGGUCAGUCUGGCGAGGUCAAACGAGCAACUCUCGAGGACGUUCGCAACCGCAUAGACAUGCUAUUACAGCGGAAGAGAGAAAGGGAGGAAGAGGAACAACGCCUUGCCGAAACCGACAUCACGGAGCGCAUCAAAAAGACCGAGGAGGAGGACGAGAAGGAGCGCGAAGAAAAGAGGCGGAAGAGGAACGAGUUGCGACGGAAAAAGAGAGCAGAGCACGGUGUCAAGCAGGAAGAUCAAUGGGAGGGACGCUUGGGCAUCAUCGCAUGA